AAUGUUACCAUAAAACGUCAAGAUAUUAUAAGGAACUUCAAUUGUUGAAUAGCUUUUCAGGAUAAGAGUCAGUCAUCUGCGAAUUGCAGAAGAUCUGUAAAAUGGAAGAAAGAAAGAGAUAUUUUUUAGUUGGUGCUUCUUUCAUUACCUUAGUACAAAUUUAAUUUUUUAUCCAAAUUUUUAGGGCAUCUUUUGGAGAGACCGAGCUUCAACUUUGUAACUCUAUCAUGUGUCAGAUGAUAUCCAUCCAUGGUGGAUUUGGGGUUUCUGGGCAUCUCAUGCAACAUAUGCUCAAAAUGCUAUAGCUGUUAAUGAGUUCCUGGAUGAAAGAUGGAGCAUGGUAAUUGAGAUUUUUUUUUUCUGUUGCAGUUAAAUCACCUGCAAAUUAUUACAAACUGCAUAGCUCGAGUCUCUUGCACAUUUAAUGAGCCUGCUUGUCUAACAGAGUAUGGGGAUGGGAUUACUACUGCAAUCAGGGGUAGUAAACAAGUUGAACAAGCUAAGCAUGGCUGCUUAUUAGGAUUAAGCCCUGACUGCAUACUCGGGGUUGCAGAAAAAACUGCUUCUAGGAGAGAAAGGUGGAUGAGAUGAUUGAUUUGGCUAAGGGAGUGUGCAAUGGAAAAAAGGUCAUUCAUAAAAAAAAUUAAAUAGGAACUAAGGUAAUGAAAGAAGCACCAACUAAGAAAGAACAGGCUAAUUACUCUUCUACUGAGCAAGAUUGCAGAGAAAUUAUUGCAGAAGCUUCUGCAUCACAUGUAUCGGCUAAAAUAAUGAGAAAGUGUCGAAAAAAAAGAGACGUAAAUCACAAACUAUGAAAAUGCAGGUGGAUCACAAUGUUGAAAAACUUGGAUCUCCAGAAAACAUCAGCUCACACUACCUGAAGGAAAACAAAAUUCUCAAUGAAACGACUCAAUCUCAUGAAUGAUGUGAAAGCACAGAGGUCGUUUAGUAAGGUUUCGCAACUGAAUGAUGCUUCAGAUUUUAGUAGCGCAGUUGCUGAUGAUGAUUUCCCUGAGAUCAUGCCUUUGAGGAAAGGGGUGAACAGGUUUAUGGUUAGCACUAGAAAAACACCACUUGAAAGAAGGCUGGCAAAUGCUCAAUACAGGAGGAACCUGCGUAAUGGUGGCUUUGCUGAAGAAAACAUACAUCAGAAUGAUGGGUCUGUGGGGAAAAUUCUGGACAAAAUUCUUGGACCAUCCUCUCCAUCACCAUCACCAUAUGAAUCUAGGAGUAGGUUGGCUGAGGUGGGAAAUGAUUGUGGGCAUCUUCCCUUUACACCUCUUCCUAAUGAACCAAUGAAUGCUUCUCCUAAGUCUAACCUGGAAGUAGCUGAUCAAAACAGAGAUGGCAUUCCAGUUGGUGGGAUAGAUGAUGUUUCUGCCCGUGGAAAUGUGGGAGCGAGAGGUCACUUUGAUGCAUCAUCUGGAUCAGGGGAACUGUCUGGGAAGGUUGAGUCUGAGUCAUCUGAUUCAUCGGAGAGGUGGUUCAAGAAAGUUGCGGAGCUGCAUGAUGUUAGCGACUUGGCCAGUGCAAUUCCAGAUGAUGAAUUUCCAGAGAUAAUGCCACUUAGGAAAGGGGAGAACCGUUUUGUUAUUAGUAAGAAAAAGGAUCAUUCGUUGACAUCCCCACAGACAAAGUACAAACGGCGGAUUGCAAUGGAGCAAGCCAACAACUCUAACUUUGUUCCAUUUGUUCCAUUUCCACCGGACUAGUUUGCUAAGGACAAGGCUGUAAGUGAAGCAUCAAAUAGCAGUAGCACGGAUGUGACUGGUGCAAAUUCAUCCAGUUCUAGCAUGCUGUCAAUGUCGAGAAAGUUAUGCCAAAAGACCAACGAGGCCUAACAACGCAGGGCAACGUCUGUGAUACUAAUGGAUCCACAGAGACAAUUUUGAAGGGUUCAUCUAUGAAUCAAGGACACCGUGGGCAAAAUGGAAGUUCACAGAUCAAGCAAACUCAGAAUUUAAUUGGCAAUGCUCAUGAAAAUGGGAACAAAGGUUUGUUCACAGGAAAGAGUUUGGAAGGUUCUGCAGUUAGAACCUGAUCCGUUGAGGAAGCGAAGGCUGAGAGGUGGUUCAGAAGAGUUGCUCAGAUAAAAGAUAUUUCUGAACUGAGUAAGAUACCUGAUGAAGACUUUCCUGAAAUCAUGCCAAUGAGGAAAGGUGUCAACAGAUUUGUCGUGAGAAAGAGGAAGACUCCACUGGAAAGACGGCUGUCAUGAAAAUGUUACUGCCUUGCACAGGGGCGUGAAGAUAGCAGGCACAGGGACAUGAAGAUAGCAGGCCCAGCAGGAUACCACACCACAGUUUCUUUGAUUCGGCCCCAAAUUGGAAGAAAAGCGAAACAUAACAGAAAAGAAGAAAGCCUAGGAAACAGCAAAAAGCAUAAAAAAGAUG